AUUACAGGAAUAUUUAUUGCUUGAAUAAACAUGUAAAAACAAAACAUUUUUGGAUAUUCAGUGAUCAGUCCGUAGUAUUCUUCUCUCAGUAAGCGAAAAGUUUUCCUAAUUAAAAUCAAGAAAAACCAAUCGGAAAUGGCGUUCCAUAUGCACAGAGUAGAAAGAAAGAUGUGUAAUCCAAUAUUCCACAAAGAUGUCUCGUUUGAAGAAGACAGAUACAAAGUCAUAGCAUCAGAAUGCAGUAGAAAAGCAAUGAAAGCAACGAAAAAAACGAAAGUAAAGACAAUGAAGCAAAACCAAUUGGCUGACUUAUACUUAGAUGAUAUCACGGCGGAUAUAAAUUUUGUUUGUGGAUUCGAUGAUUGUGAAAGUCCAGAAUCGGUACCGGCACACAAAUCGAUAUUGUCUACCUGCAGUACUGUACUGAAGACAAUGUUUUUCGGAUCGUUGCCAGAAACGGGCGAUGUUCGUUUACGUGAUGUCACUGCUGAUGGAUUCAAGAAGUUUCUUCAGUUCUUCUAUUUGGAUGAAAUGGAUGUCUCCAUGGAAGAUGUGGCCGAAAUUGCUUACCUGGCCAAAAAGUAUGAUGUCGACGAGUGCUUUAAAAUAUGCAUACAAUUUAUAAUGCAAGUUGCUGCAUUAGAUGACUUGUGCGAUGCUUUUGAGUUGGCAUUACAGAUGGAUAUUCCCGAACUGAAAGCACAUUGCGAAUGGCAAAUCACGGAAAAUCUUACGUUUUUCCUCAACACAGAAGAAUUUCCGAAUUGUAGCACUGACGUUUUAAGGUCGAUUUUAAUGAACAAUGAGACAAUCCAUGGCAAGGAACUAUUCAUCGGAUGCUUGAAUUGGGCUCGAAAUGCUUGGGAGCGGCGUCAUGUUGGAAAGAAAGCAACAUUACAUGACAUUCGAAGCCAGUUGGGUGAACACUUUGAUUUAAUCGAAUAUGGUUCAAUGCCCAAUCCAACAAUUACUUCGCUCCUAACGGAAUAUUUUGAGUUUUUUACGGACAAAGAUCGCAAAAAGAUUUUUAUUAUCAUGUCAACAAAAUAUCCAUUACUUUGGCACAAUGAAAAACAGUCAACGAUUGAGAUUCAAAGUUUAGAAAAUGGACACGAGUCACGCAUCAAUGCAAUCGAAGUGACCUCUUUUCGAUCGAGCACAAAAAUUUGUUUAGUCGGAUUCAGUUACGCGAAAAUAUUCAACACGUCAAUCAAUGAAUUCAAGUAUGGUUGGGUGAGUUUGGUGAAAAAACCAUCGAAUCCAGAUGAUGAAGUGGAAUUGGUUUUGUAUCGGCAAAAAGUCAGUUGCAUCACGCGCUGCUAUCUACAGAUCUACGAUUAUAUUGAUUUUCCUGCGUUUGGAGCGAUUGUCAUCGAACCGAAUACUGUGUACGAGAUUCGAAUCAAUUUUGAAAAAUGCAGUAUGGAUUACACAUCGAUGAAUAGUUUAAUUCCAUCCAACGAUGUAUUUCCACUGGACAACAAUGAAAUACUCGCGAUUCAAAGUUUUGGACUAGUAAAACAAUUAUCCUUCCGAGUCCUUGAAAAAUAGAUUGUGUAUUUUUUAAUAAUAAUAGCUUAGGCAAUUAUUUAUA